GUUCUCUGGCAGUCAGCACUGUGGACAUAUACACUGUGCAUACCAGUAUAGAGAACAUUACCACUGCCUUGACCCAGAGUGCAACUACCAGAGGUUCACCAGCAAGCAGGACGUGAUCCGGCACUACAACAUGCACAAGAAGCGCGACAACUCCCUGCAGCACGGCUUCAUGCGCUUCAGCCCCCUGGACGACUGCAGCGUCUACUACCACGGCUGCCACCUCAACGGCAAGAGCACACACUACCACUGCAUGCAGGUGGGCUGUAACAAGGUCUAUACCAGCACCUCUGACGUGAUGACCCAUGAGAACUUCCACAAGAAGAACACGCAGCUGAUCAACGACGGGUUCCAGCGGUUCCGCGCCACGGAGGACUGUGGCACCGUGGAGUGCCAGUUCUACGGGCAGAAAACCACCCACUUCCACUGCAGGCGACCUGGGUGCACAUUCACCUUCAAGAACAAGUGUGACAUUGAGAAGCACAAGAGCUACCACAUCAAAGAUGAUGCCUAUGCCAAGGACGGCUUCAAGAAGUUCUACAAGUAUGAGGAAUGCAAGUAUGAGGGCUGUGUCUACAGCAAGGCCACCAACCACUUCCACUGCAUACGGGCAGGCUGUGGCUUCACCUUCACCUCCACCAGCCAGAUGACCUCCCACAAACGCAAGCACGAGCGCCGGCACAUCCGGAGCUCGGGGGUGCUGGGCCUGCCGGCCUCUCUCCUGGGGUCCAAGGAGAACGAGCAGGAGGAGUCCAGUAACGACGACCUCAUCGACUUCUCUGCCAUGAGCUCGAAGAACUCCAGCCUGAGUGCCUCCCCCACGAGUCAACAGUCUUCCGUUUCUCUCAUAGUCCCAGCUGCACCCUCCUCUGCUGCUGAGCUUGCUUCCUCACAGGCCAGCAAGUCUGCCAACAGCAUGACACCAGCCACCAAGAUCUCUGGCCUGCUCUCCCAGGCCCUUCCUAGCAAUAUACCCUUGGCGCUGGCACUCUCCAACUCAGCACUUCCUGGAACAGCUGGAUCCUUCUUCCCCAUCAUCCCCAGUCGGGUCUCCACGCCACUUCCUGCCAGCUCAGCUAAUCUGAUGACUGCUGGUUCUUCUGGCACCAAUCCAACAUCAUCUGCUCCCACAGAUUGUGCAUCCCAGGCCAUUUCAGGGUCUGGUGAGCCAGCAGCUACUUCUUCUCCAGCUCCAGCGGCAUCUAUAAUGGAAAGGAUCUCUGCUAGCAAGGGAUUAAUCUCUCCUAUGAUGGCCAGGCUGGCAGCAGCUGCUCUCAAGCCCUCGGUGGCACUUGAAGCAG